AUGGAUCAAGAUACUGAAGAUGGCGGGCCAAGUGCCCAACAAGAGAAUAUGGACUACUCGUUUAGUGCCUCCUCCUGGGAACCAAGCGAUGAUAAUGAUUCGUCAGAAGAAUCUGAGGUAGAAUACAAAAGAGUAAAAACGCAUCACACUAUAAAACAAUACAACAAUAAAAGAGGCAACAAAAGGGGACCAGUUCCAACGCAUAGACCGAACGCAAUCAUACCGAACGUCCUUAAACAACGACAAACAAAUAUUGUAGGUCGUAAAAGGCAAUACAAAUAUGUCGAUUCGGUUCAAAAGAGUGAACCUGUAAGGAAGUCAUUACCUGAUUCAACAAGAAAGAACACCCCUCCGAACGAUCCAGCUAAAUGUGUGCGUGUUGAGAACUUAAAUGUUAAUGUGAAAGAUAUUCUUGAUAUAAAAGCCAGUUUUAGAGAACUAUUCCAAUUGCUAAAUGACCUCAAGUCACAAUCAGUGAAACGUCUAAAUGAUCUCAAUGGAAAUAACCGAAAUACUUCAAUAAUACAUAAUGAGACAGUCGGAAUAUCUGAUGGUGAAGAAAGUGAACGAAGCCAAAGCGAGGAGUCGAAUCGUUCAGACGAUAAUGUGCUCAUAACCAAUAAAUAUGACAAGGCCGUUGUCCGUCAUCAGCAGUCAGGUGGCGCGGAUAAAGAGGAAUGGAUACCUAUAGGCAGUGGGAAAACACUUAUCCACAAAGAUAAAUAUAGGAAAGUAAAUUGGAAAUCUUAUACGAUUGCAACGCGUACCUUGUUGUUAGCGACUUUCCCCAGAAGAAUUCUUGCAACACAUUCCCUCACCGGAAAACGUUCGCCGGCCUUUCAAGAUAAACCAGCUAAAAUGUGUCUGGACCCAAAAAUAGUUUCAGACGUUAUAAUAGAAAUUACAUCCAGAUUUAAGGUUAAAGAGAAUCUAGUUAGAAGUAUAAUAACGACAAAGUGUGCCGACGAAUGUAAAAUGUACAAAUUAAGACUAAAACAAAAAGUCAAGCUACCAAAAGAUGAAGAAAACACACCACCGAUGGAAGAGGCAGUGGAAUGA